AAAAUGGCACUGCUAUCUGGUAUCCUUGGGACGUCCAUACCCUAAACCCUACCCUAAUCUUAACCUCUACCUUUACUUUAACCCUAAUCUUAACCAUAACCCUUACUAAACCCUAUCCUUAACCACUACCGUAACCAUUUUACAUUUCAACUUCAAAUGGUUAGGGACAUCCUAAGGAUCCCUGAUUGCACGGACCGAACAAAAUAGUCGCCAGAAAGCAUGUAAAUUGACAGAGUCACGUGAACAGAGCAAGAGAAAUCCAUAGAAGAAUAUGCUGAAAAUCUAUGGGGGAACGCACGUAGGAUCAUGCACGCAAAAGUAUGGUCGCUCGAAUCAGAAUAUUCGACUGACGCAGAGGAAUAAACAAUAUCAAGACCAGCAGGGCUUAUAUCACCGAAGUUUGGAGCGGAAACUUGGCAGGGAAACAUGGCCGAAGGAGGGGUGGGCAAAGGUGGUGAUAGAGGAGAGGAGCCAGGAUCCUUGCAGGGUGGGCAGCAACAGUCCAUGCACGGCGCAGGCCACUGCAAGUGGUUCAAUGUGCGGAUGGGCUUCGGAUUUAUAUCCAUGACUAGUCGUGGGGGAACUCCCGUAGAUCCUCCUAUGGAUGUAUUUGUUCACCAAAGCAAGCUGCACAUGGAGGGCUUUCGUAGCCUGCGGGAGGGAGAGCCACUAGAGUUUACUUUCCAGAUGUCCCUCAGGGGCCUGGAGUCUGUACAAGUCACGGGCCCCGGGGGAGGCCCCUGCUUGGGCAGUGAGAGGAGACAGAAAUCCAAGCCCCCAGCCCCACAGCAGAGAUGGAAGCCAAAAGGAGACCGAUGUUAUAACUGUGGAGGACUAGACCACCAUGCCAAAGAGUGUGGCCUGCCUCCCCAGCCAAAGAAGUGCCACUACUGCCAGAGCGCGACGCACAUGGUGGCCCACUGUCCUCACCGCCCCCCCGGCCCCUUGUCUCCCGGCCCUGCCACAGCCACUCAGGGAAGACGCCCUACUGUGGACCAGUACCCCUCUACCUUCACCACCACCUCCUACAGCCCCAGUCCCAGGCAGGGAAACAGGCACUCCCAGCCCUCUCAGGACAGUUCCUCCCCCCUCAGCAAGUCCUCCAGCUCUCCGGAAGACCCGGCACAGAUCCAGAGGAGAUCUGGAGGACAGCACAGGUUGAAACAAUCCUGAUCCACAUCCACCAU